AUGUCGCCCUUCACCACCUGGCCAAUGGCCCUCCCUGCCAAGUCACACCCACUGGCUCGGAUUUUCCCAGCUCUUCUUCUCAUCAUCCCCAUCACCGUGUCGCUAACAUGUACAUGGCUUCUCUUGUCAGACCUCUGGCUGAGAAUCUUCUGUACCCUGUUUGUUAUGCGCUACACUCGCUUGGUAGGCCAUCUCCUCGGAUCAUGGAUCUACCGUGCUCAUCAAGUCAGCGAUCAUCCGACCUUUACUCGCAGCGAUGUAACUGUCAUCCUCCCAACCAUCGACCCCCACGGCCCUGAUUUCAGGGAGUGUGUGGAGAGCAUUCUUGCUAACCAUCCGGCUUGUGUCCUGGUGGUUACAGUAGGUGAUGCUCUUCGAGAGGAAUGCCAGAUUGUCAUGCGAAAGCUGGGUCUGGAUGCGCCGGACACGAAGAUUUCAGUCGCAGCACUGUUAGAGCCGAGUAAGCGACGACAAAUCACACAUGCCAUGCCAAAUGUCACCACACCUGUUACGAUCUUUGCUGACGAUCAUGUUUUCUGGCCAGCCAACUUUAUCCCCUCUGUUCUUGCGCCCUUUGACGACGCCCAUGUCGGUGUUGUCGCUACCAAGAAGCGCGUCCGACGAACAACACCUGGAGAAUGGUCCUGGCCAUCGAUAGUCAACUUCAUCGCCUGCAACUAUCUUCAACGUCACAACUGGGAACUUCGAACAUCAAACGCUAUUGACGGAGGAGUCUUUGUCAUCUCUGGUCGCACAGCAGCUUACCGCACUGACUUUCUCAACAAUGCCGAUCUUUUGGAGCGUUUCUGUCAUGAAAAGUUCUUUUUCGGUUUGUUGGGCGGAGACGGUCUCGGUCCAGACGACGACAACUUCCUCACACGAGAAGCUAUGAAGAAACACUGGCUUAUCGUGUUCCAGGACACUGACGAUGCAACUAUCGAAACCACGCUCGGUGAGUGGCCCAAGUUCAGGAAUCAACUUCUUCGAUGGGCUCGAACUACAGUCCGCAGCAACCCCGUCAUGCUCCGCGAUCCUGUUUUCGUCACGCGGUACCCCUGGAGCACAUUCAUGGUGUACUGGGCCUCUCUGUUCAACUUUGCCAUUCUGUGGGAUGUCUUGCUCAUCUACACACUUGUCAAGAGUGAAAACAUGAAGGCUUCAGAUCUGAUGAUGCUGCUUGUUUGGAUGUUCUGGGCAAAGGUUGUCAAGCUCAUUCCUCACUUUCUGCGAUACCCUUCUGAUUUUCCGUUGAUGAUCUGCCAGGUUCUUUUCGGCUAUGUGCACAGCUUUAUCAAGCUGUGGGCAUGGAUCACCUUUUGGGACUGCGGUUGGUCUGGCCGCAACCUUGAGGGUGUUGGACAAGCUGAACUCGACACCGCCUUUCGGCGGAUCGAGUGA